AAAAUAUUUUGUAAAUAAUAAUCAUUAUUUUUAUUUGCGGUUUUAUUAACAUUGUGUCCGUCAAACCAGCAGUGCCACCCCCUCCACCUUUGAACCCCACAUCAGUUUUGCAGUAUUGUGUUUGGCUGAUGAACAAAUAAAUUGAUUUGUAAAGCUAUCUUUAAAGUAUUCAGUUGGAGUGCAAUAUAUCUUUAGCCGGUUUGGUAAUAGAAAACUCGCUGAAUUUCACCACCAAGCCCUCUCUUUGAGGGCUGCAACACAUCGGGCCCACGAAGUACUGCGCAGCAUCAGGGAACGGGCAGAGCCGCAACAGGUUCCAAGUCACGUUAUCGGACGAGUAUUUCACGCAAAUCACACCUCUAGUUUUGGUAAGACGCAUCCAGAAUUUGCGCGGGUUGCCGCUGUAGAGACCUGUAGCCCAAUCAGAGUUUUGGUUUGUGAGGACACUGCUUAUCAUGGGUUGGCCAUCAUUGUAUUCAAUGCCUGUUUUCAACCAAUGUUUCUCAUCCGUAUAGAUCAUUAAGCCCGCUUGAUCGUAGAGUGUAGUAAAAUUAGCUUCGACGCAAACUUCAAAAGUAAAGUCAUCCUUGAUGUUUAUGCCGUAAACGUGUCCAGUAUUGAAGUGAAAAUUAUACCAUGUCCCCUGCCAGAAGUCAGUUUUACUGUCUGUCGUCACGCGAAGAAUGGAAUUAUCUUCCAAACACCAUACUUUUGGGGCAUUUAGCCAUUUGAAAUCAUUUAUAUCUAAAUUACUAAAAUUAUUCGAUUCCAUUGUGUUUGAUGUAUUUAAACUAUUCUUGUAAUGUGAUGAAAAUGUACCUAAAAUGUAUUACUAUCAUUGUAUGAUUAAUAUCAAUAUCAUUAGCAUGUUGUUGAGUUGAUAAGCAAAAAAACUCGAUUGCUAUUUCUGUAGUGUUUCAAGGUGACGAUAUCAACGCGUGUUGUUGAUAAAAGUACUAGUAUUUAACCAGUUUUAACAAACCACUGGGAUUCUUUUACAACGAUAUUGAAUUUUCUUUUUAUAAAUAAAUUGCUUAGUGAGUUAAGUAGUGCAGUAAUUAUUUUAAUUACGGAUUAAUUAAUUACAUAAUUUAACAUUUCUGAUGUUUUAGAUUUUUGGCCAUGGCAACAUUUGACAUGUCAGUAAUAUCAAAAAUCGUUUAUUUCAUUCAUUUGUUUGUUCAUUCAUUGUUAAAAUAUCAUUCACGUUAUGAGUCCCAUUCAUUCUCUUCAUUUUCAAAAUGGCGACAUUUCCGAAAAUUGCGGCACGGCGUGAUGGCUCCGCGUGGUUUAUGAAGAAAUUGAAGUUUAUUUUUGUUUUUAGAUAACUGCUAGUUAAUCUUUCUUUAUAUUGUGAUUUGAAAAGAGUUCUAAACUAAAAUGGGCAAACCAGAAUUCAACAAUAGCCGCGGCGGUGGCGGAGGUCGUGGCGGUGGGGGAUUCCGCGGUGGUAGAGGAGGCGGCGGAGGCCGAGGGGGCUUCGGCGGCGGUCGCGGGGGCGGAGGCGGCGGCCGAGGGGGCUUCGGAGGCGGCGGCGGCAAGUUUGAGAAGCGCGGCGGAGGCCGGGGGGGUGGUGGCUUCGGCGGAAGGGGCGGCGGCGGUGGAAGAGGCCGUGGUGGUCCACCCAAAAGGGGAGGCUUCAAGGGAGGCAAGCAAGUUAUAAUAGAACCACACAGACAUGCUGGAGUUUUCAUAGCUAGAGGAAAGGAAGAUGCCUUAGUUACCAAGAAUUUGGUGCCUGGAUCUGAAGUGUAUGGUGAGAAAAGGAUAUCUGUUGAGGCUGAAGGAGAAAAGGUUGAAUAUAGAGUAUGGAAUCCGUUCCGAUCAAAGUUGGCUGCGGCUAUCAUGGGUGGAGUGGAUGCCAUACACAUGCCUCCAGGGUCCAGAGUUCUGUACUUGGGAGCUGCCAGUGGCACCACAGUCAGUCAUGUAUCUGAUAUUGUCGGACCGGAAGGAUUAGUAUAUGCAGUAGAAUUCUCACAUAGAUCAGGGAGAGACCUGAUAAACGUAGCCAAAAAGAGAACUAAUAUCAUUCCUAUAAUUGAAGAUGCUAGACAUCCACUUAAAUACAGAAUGUUAGUUGGUAUGGUUGACACAAUAUUUGCAGACGCAUCGUGCAUAGAUUCAACGGCGGAACCGGAAGCCGUUUUCGCCGCAGAAGUUAAGAAAUUGCAAGCAGACAAAUUGAAACCGCAGGAACAGUUAACUUUGGAGCCUUAUGAGAGAGACCACGCAGUAGUAGUCGGAGUAUUCAGACCCCCACCGAAGAAAGCAUAAUGACAAACAAUAGCCUAAUUUGUCUUGUCUAUUGUAAAAUUAGUUAACAGUGAUAAAACCGGAUUUUAUUUUUUUGUCUCCAGUGCGAAAUACCUAAUUGUUAAGUAAGUAUUAAGUUGAUUUACGAAUGGACGUAUGAAUUGUAUGUUUUUAGCUUUAAGUGUUAAGAGAAAUAUAUUUUAAUGACUGCCACA